CUUUGGAGGCCAAUCUCUGCCAAAACCGGAGCCAUGGCCUCCAGCUUGUGGAUCGGCCUCGGCGUGCUGGCUUCGUACCUUGCGGCCUUCGCCUUCGUGCGGCUCCGGCCAUGGUUGCUUCGGCAGCUGGCUCGGCCCUUGUCGGAGGUGCUGCGCGACAUGGUGCAAGUGCUGAAGCAGCGGGUCCUCGCUUUGCUGCGUGUUGGCAUGUUGCUCUUCCUUGACUUGGAGGAGGAGGAGCAACAACAACUGCGGCACCAGCUGAACCCUGCUCUAGAGGAGCGACUUUUUUGCCGGCCAAUGGUGGAAUUGCUUCCGCGCUGGCUGCAAUCCUUGCUGGGUCACCAGAUGGCGCCAGUGACCAGCCGGUCCGGAGUUGCUAGGCGUUUGGACCCGGCUGAGAAGCAGACGUUUGCCCCGGAGCAGUCAGGCGAGCAAGCCCAUCUUCAAGCGCCGGGUCGGGGAGAGGAGGAACUGGAGCUCCUGCUGGCGGGCUGGACGCUUGGGGCCUACGUGAAGAUCUUAGGGGUGGCGGUCAGGGGCGCGCAUUACAAUGCAAGACGCUGGGUCCGGAGGAAGACCCCGAAGCUCCGCAGCUUGCUCCACGCGCCGUCGCUGCUGGGCGCCGCGGCGAUAAGCGUUUGCUGCGGCGCCCUCGGCAUCAUCGCUGGAGGCUGCGUGGGGGCUCUUUGCGGCCUGCCCUGCGCAUUGUUCACCUUCGGCCUGUCAGUGCCCUUGGGCGCAGCCUUGGGAGGCUCAGUGGGCGGCUGCGGGGGCGUGGCAACAGGUCUCCUCGUGUCCCUGGCGGUUCGCUUCGCCGGAAAGGCCUCCAGCCAAUCACCCGUCGCACCUGAGAACCUUGGCAUGUUGCACCGAGCAUGCCAGCUGAUCCGGUGAAGCGACCCUGUUCGGGGAACUCUCGCUGAGUUCUCGGAGCAUGGAGCAAUACCCCCAACAUGCGAUUUAUCGGCCCAUCUGAAAUCCGACGUCCUCAAUUUUUUGCUAAGCGCUUGGCACCGGUGUGACCAGUGUGGCUAGCGCACCAUUCAUCCAGCGAACGCGCGAGUCGCAGCCUUGCGACUCGACCAGGGGCAGGACUUCUCGGAUGCCAAACGGCACCCGGGAAGCGCAGUGACAAACAGGCGG